AUGAGCACUCUACAUAGGAGCUUGAGCCUGCUGGUCAUCCUGUGUCUGGUACACUGGGUGUCAUGCAAGACUGUUCGUUUCGAGCUGAACCUGACAUGGGAAGAUCGAAACGUUGCGGGUAUCGUGCGCAAAGCUAUCCUGUCGAAUGGCCAACUCCCCGGUCCUACACUUCGGAUAAAGCAAGGAGAUGAAGUCGAAUUCCGAGUGAGGAAUUUCAUGCCGUUCUCCACAACGGUCCAUUUUCAUGGUAUCCAGCAGCUAGGCACGCCGUGGUCCGACGGCACGCCCGGACUAUCACAGGAGCCAAUAGAGCCAGGGAAUCAAUUCAUCUAUAAGUGGACAGCAAAUGAGUAUGGGUCGUACAUAUACCACUCGCAUGCCCGGGGCCAGCUAAUAGACGGUCUCUAUGGGGCCAUCUAUAUCCAGCCGAAGAAUUCGGUAGAGAAGCCAUUCAGGCUGAUUACGCAGGAUGCUACCGAAAUAGCCGCAAUGAUACGGGCAGAGUCUGAAACAGAGCCGCUCAUGCUUUCUGACUGGCGUGUUCUGGAUUCAGAGGCGAUUUGGCAGGCCGAGGUAGCCUCAGGCGUGGAGAAUAUCUGUUCUAAUGCUAUAUUGAUCAACGGCAAAGGCUCCGCGUGGUGCUUGCCCCAGGAGAGAAUCAAUGAUCUCACCACAGUGGAUCAAAGGGUUCUCCUUGGAAAUAGUACGAUGACUGAUAUUGGAUGUUUCCCUCCUAUUGAUUCCUUUUUUGGUUCAUGGCCUCGUGACCCUAGCUUGUUACCUAGGAGCUUUAGUAGCGGGUGUACACCUGGCUACGGUCCGGAAGAGAUUGUUAGAGUUGACUCUCGUACUCGCUAUAUCAGUCGUGACGUGAUGAGCAUGGCUGGUACGGCGUCUCUCGUUUUCUCCAUAGAUGAGCAUCCGCUAUAUGUCUACGCAAUCGACGGGCGCUAUAUUGAGCCGGUCCUUGUUGACGCUGUGCGGGUACCGGCUGGGACUCGGUAUUCAGUUUUAAUCGAACUCAAGCAAAUCAGGGCAGCUAGAGACUACACCAUCCGCGUUGCCCACAACGGGGCCAAUCAGAUUAUCAACGGCACGGCGACAAUGUCGUAUAUCUCACGCCAAUCCCAACAGCGGCCUUCGUUACCGCAUAUUACGGAGACCGGUAACCUCAUCAACCCACAAUCAAUAUUUCUGAAUGAAUCUCUCGUCGUUCCCUUCCCUGUGGAACUUCCCGCGCCAACCGUGGACCAGACAAUCGUCCUAAAUAUCAAUCACUACCACGCCUACUACCGCUGGACACUAGGGGAAGGAAGCUUUCCCCUGGAGUUAGAAGACGUGCAUCCGGCCCUGUUCAACGCGAGCGCAAUCCCGUAUCCAUACAGCGUGUCCACCAUGAACAACACUUGGGUCGACAUCGUCUUCAACGUGUCCGGAGAGACCCCACCACCUCAUCCAAUGCACAAGCAUUCGAACAAGUACUUUGUUAUUGGUGAGGGCGGCGGUCCAUUCACCUGGUCUUCCGUCGCAGAAGCAAUGGAGGAGGUCCCCGAUUACUUCAACUUUGUGAAUCCACAAAUCCGAGAUACAUACACAACUCCAUUUAUACCCCGGUCGACUGGGACCUGGCUGGCUAUACGGUAUCAUGUUGUCAAUCCCGGCCCGUUUCUGCUUCACUGCCACCUGCAAAUGCAUCAGAGCGGCGGCAUGGCCUUGGCUAUCAUGGAUGGUAUUGGUGACUGGCCGCUUGUGCCACAAGAGUAUCAGUUAUCAGCAGCGAGAGCACUCGAGUCUGAACAAAAAGACAUAAAAAUGGGAGGCAAAAAGGCCGCCGGCGAGAACUCCAAGAAGGCCGCCGGAAACGCUCGCGUGCGUACCACUUCUACCUCAGCCACAAACAUCUAUCAUCGAUCCGAAGCUGAACUAAUUAUCUGGGGACAACAGAAAGCCGAAGCCGCCGCCAACAAGAAGGCCGCCGAGGACCAAAAGCGCGCCGCUGAAGAGGACAAGCAAUGGGCCAAGGGCGCAAAGGGCUCGUCUAAGAAAGAAGAUGCCGAAGCCAAGAAAGCCGAAGCCGCCCGGAAGAAGGCCGAGCGCGACGCCAUGCUCGCCGCCGAAGAGUCUUCCCAGCCCUCCAAACCCAAGAACAACAAGUCCGCAGCUAAGAAGAACGCCGCGCCUUCUCGGGGAACUCUGAAUCUCGACCAGCUCGACGAUACGCCCUCUUCGAAAACCGGCGCCCUCAACGCAUCCGGUAUCGACAACGCUCUCGACGCCCUCUCCCUUACAGGCAAGGACUCGAGUAAGAUCGAUCGCCACCCUGAGCGUCGUUACAAGGCUGCAUAUGCGGCGUUUGAGGCACGACGACUACCGGAGAUUGAAGCGGAGAACCCCGGGCUGCGGAGAAACCAGAGGGUUGACCUUUGCAAGAAGGAGUUUGACAAGAGCGAUGAGAACCCGUUCAACCAGGUGCACGUUGCUUUUGAUGCGACGAGGGAUGAGGUUGCGGCUGCGAGGGAGGCAGAGAGGAAGAAGACUGAGGCCAGGCUUGCGAGGUAG